AUGGAUCCGGACUGCGCCAUAUGCCAUGCUCCGGCCUCGAUGGCCUGUGACUGCGAGGCAAAAGGCCUCGAAGUAGCCGUUAAGCAGGCCGAGGAACGCAUGAUGCGAUCCAUAUAUAGUGACAUACGUUCGUGGGUAAGGGCCCAUGCUCAAGAUUAUAUUCUUGAGUACUUCCGUCAACUUGCCGAGCGACGAAAGACGGCCCACUCGGCUCAUCUCGACCACAUCACUGCCCACGCAUUCUACCAUUACAAUGCGCCGCCACACCCAAACCAGAUCGCCGAAGCUCAGGCAACUCUGAAGCGAGGCAUCGAUGAGGAUUGGCAGGCCAGCGUGCAACGUUAUCCUGAAGUCCUCGAAUACUUUUAUAGCCUCAUUGAACUUACCCUUCCCGCCGAUGACGAGGCUGCCGUAAAGAACCCUCCCCUGACUGCUCCUCCUCCUCGAAAGCCGAGCCGUCGAGCCGGCUCAAUCAGUGCCAGUGCUGGUUCCGCUCCUCCUCCUGCUAUAGCUCCCCCGUCUCAAUUUCACGCAGAUCGCGAUGCCCUCAUGGAGCGUCGUACCCCUGCACCCGCCGCAGCGCCCCGAGACCGAAGGACAUUCAGGCCGCCACCUCCUCAGCACCACCCAUCUUCAUCAUACUACGCACCAUUUGGAUAA